AUGAUGCGCCUGCGCAAAGGCGGCAGCACGACGGGUGACUCCGGGGGCGCGGCGAGGAGAGACAUGAGGCUGAGCUGGGUCCUGGCGAUACUGUCCAUCGGCCUCAGCGCCCUGGCCACCACCACUGGGGCCGAGGGCAAGCGGAAGCUGCAGAUCGGUGUCAAGAAGAGGGUAGACCACUGUCCCAUCAAAUCCCGCAAAGGGGACGUCCUGCACAUGCACUACACGGGGAAGCUGGAAGAUGGGACAGAGUUUGACAGCAGCCUGCCCCAGAAUCAGCCUUUUGUCUUCUCCCUUGGCACUGGCCAGGUCAUCAAGGGCUGGGACCAGGGGUUGCUGGGGAUGUGUGAGGGAGAAAAGCGGAAGCUGGUGAUCCCCUCUGAGCUGGGUUAUGGAGAGCGAGGAGCACCCCCAAAGAUUCCAGGCGGUGCCACCCUGGUGUUUGAGGUGGAGCUACUCAAGAUUGAGCGACGUUCAGAACUAUAGCCAAACCAGAGAGGGGCAAGGGGGAGAGGCCCCCA